AUGCGUCAGCUGCUCGCUGCCACUCUCGCCGUCCGCCGCCGCCUUCCGCUCGUCCGUUACUUCACCAUGCCUGGCGAUAUCGAAGACACGCCCUGGAGGCGCAUACACGAAGCUGCGCUUGCAAACGGCGACCGCACCUACACCGACCCAGCAACCGGCUACACAGUGUUCACAGAGCUGUCGCACCUUGACCGCGAGUACUGCUGCGGCAAUGCGUGCAGACACUGCCCGUACAACCAAGAGAACGUCGGAAAGCCCGAGCAGCUAAAGCAGCAGGCACGGGAAGCACGCCAGCGCAAAGCAGCACGGAAGAAGAAUAAAUAG